AUGGAUUUAGCGGUACUGAAGCAGGAGGCUGCAGACCUGGGAUUGACUGAUCCUCGUGAUAUUGCUAAGUAUGUGCAGGACCAGCAACGAGACCUGCGGGCGGAGCGCAGAGAGCGGGAGGAUCGCGAACGCGAGUUUGCGGCCGCCCAGGCGAUGCGGGAGCACGAGAUUCAGAUGGCGGAGUUAAAUUUUAAGCAUAAGAUAGAGGUCCUUAAAGCUACGCCGCCCCCGCCCGUGGCUCCUCCCAAGACGAAGUUGCCGAUGUUUCCUGACGACGCAGACCAGGUCGAAGCUUAUUUCCUCGUACUCGAAAGGGUCGCCGCCGAUCACGGGUGGGACGAGAAAACGAUGUUUCUGCAGCUCGUAACCCGCCUCCAGGGUCACAGCCUAGAUGUUUAUCACCGCACCGAAAUAGAAGGUAAUUUGACGUACAGUGAAUUAAAGGAGGCUCUGCUGAGUGCUUACGCUAUUAGCCUCGAGCAGGCUCGUUGCAGGUUCCAGGAAGCUCACCUUGACGAGCGGGAGACCUGCAGGCUUUUCAUCACUCGCCUCUCUCAUCUCUUCAAGACUUGGCAUCGACUGAGUAAUUUACCUGAUACCAAGGAAGGUAUCCUGGAGCUCAUUCUGGUUACUCAGCUGCUAUCUUCGCUGCCCAAAGGAUUGCGAGCUCAGCUGAGAAGGAAUAAAGUUACUAGCCUGGCGGAGACUGCGGACAUAGCAGAUGGCUGGUUCUCUGCUUAUGGCUACAACUACAGGGUCAAGAAAGAGUGCGACCGAAGGCAAGAGUCAAAGAAACCUGCUAUGAGAAGUGUCGGUGAUCGCAGGGAGGCAAAAACAGAGUUAAAAUCUCCUGAAACUGCAAAAUCACAGCCGGGAGAACACAAGCACCAGCCUUUCAAUAUGCCACGGAAAGGAGGUGAGAAGAAGCCGUUCUACCAGUCCGGUCACUUGGCUACAGUGAACAGUGUCCCGGAAAAGGAGGAGCCCCAGGUACAUGUGUCUGGCCUGGCACUUGGCCACCACGUACUCUGUGCAUGCUCUCCUCUUCCCUUGCCUUCAGCAGCCAACAAGAGAUUGUCUACUGCAGAGGGCUUAGUCCAGGGUCGCAGAGCAGUUAUCAUGCGAGACUCUGGGUCCACAGGAUGUGUAGUUAAAAAAAGGUAUGUAAAAAGAAAGGAUUAUACUGGCAAAACCGUUCGUGUUACAAUGAUUGAUGGUUCACAAAUAGUGGUGAAUGAGGCAAAGGUUUUCUGCCAGUCCCCUUACUUUACAGGCACUGUGACUGCUGCUGUCAUGGAUAACCCCGCCUUCGAUUUUGUCUUGGGCAACGUGCCUGGAGCUUCUCUGGUCCCGGCAAAAGAGGUCCAGACGCAGACACAGGUGGAAGGAGGCAAGGACGCGAUGACUCAAACUACAGAGGAGAGUGAACCUGCUGCACAAGAUGUCACCCCUAUGUCAGAAUCCCCUGGUGUUCACGAUGUACCGAUCAUAUCUGCAGGCAUUAUAGAUCAUACCAGUGCUGCUGUCACUACGAGAGCUGCUGCACGUCGCUCUGAGAUCAGCACACGGCUGGCAAGUCCACAAGGUCUGGAAGCUUUAUUAAAAGGCGAGGACAUAGCUGAGCAGCAGAAGAAUGAUGCCACCCUCUCCAAACUACAUGAAUACGCUGAGCAACGACAUGUUCGCCUCUACAAAGGAAUAAAGACGGACUUUAUAUGGCAGAACAACAGACUUUACCGACGAACUACUUUGCCGAGGGGUGAGGUGAAGCUGCAGUUCGUUGUUCCAGCUGGAUGCCGCCAACAAGUCUUCAAGUUGGGGCAUCACUCGCUCCUCGGAGGUCACAUGGGGGCAGCCAAAACUCUCGCCCGAAUACAAACCACCAUGUUCUGGCCUGGAAUGGGAGCUGAAAUCUUAAGACUCGCCCGUUCCUGUGACAUAUGUCAGAAGACAACGGACAAGGGACGCAAUACUGCGGCACCCCUACAGCCACUUCCUGUGAUUUCGGAACCGUUCUCUCGGGUGGCUGUCGAUAUUGUGGGUCCCAUUACACCUUGUGCUGACGAUAAAUCGAAGUACAUCCUUACAAUCGUUGAUUUUGCAACAAGAUGGCCAGAAGCUGUUGCUUUGAAGAACAUAGAGGCUGCCACAGUUGCAGAAGCUCUCUUUGGUGUGUUCUGCAGAAUUGGCAUACCCAGGGAAGUACUGAGCGACAGAGGCACACAGUUUACAUCAGGCAUGAUGGAAGAGACCUGGAAACUCCUGUCAGUAAAGGGGAUGAGAACUACACCAUACCACCCAGAAGGAAAUGGACUUUGUGAGCGAUUUAAUGGCACACUAAAGAAAAUGCUAAAACGCAUGGCAGCAGACCAGCCUCGGGAAUGGCCUCGCCUCUUGGCACCGCUGCUGUUUGCCUACAGAGAAGCACCACAGAGUUCCUUAAAAUUCUCCCCAUUUGAGUUGGUGUAUGGUAGACCAGUAAGAGGCCCUUUGCAAGUUCUAAGGGAGCUGUGGGACAAUACUGAGGAUGACCCAGUAAUCACCUCCUCUUAUCAGUAUGUUCUGGAUCUGAAUGAACGCUUGCAUUCUACGUGCGAACUCGCAAAGGAGGAGCUUUUGAAAAGUCAGGUCACUCAGAAGUCCUAUUAUGACAGGAAAGCUAAGCUUCGUACACUUGAUGAAGGAGAUCAAUGCUUGAUAUUGUUGCCUACGAGCACAAACAAGCUCUUAGCUCAGUGGAGUGGACCUUAUAUUAUUCUCAAGCGAGUUUCGGACGUUAAUUACAUCGUAGGAAUCGGCCACGAGAAGAAACUUUUCCACAUAAACAUGAUAAAGAAAUAUUAUCCAAGGUCCUCCCCUGUAUCUCAGCCUAGCUGUACAACUCGUCAACAAAGGGGUGACAAUCGACGUCCAGUGAAUGUUCGGCGACGGUCCUCUCCUGAUAGCGGUGUGGAUAAUUUGAAGCAUUUUGGGUGUGCGGCAACCGUAAUACCUGAGGACUCUGGUUUCUGUCAGCCCUGGACUCCUGAAACUGAUUCGAGGGAAGGACCAGAGAGUAUUAUCAUAAACCCGAAGCUAGAGGACCACCAUAAGGCAGACCUCCGUGAGAUCAUUCAGAAGUACCCCGAAAUCUUCUCUGAUCAACCCCGAGUUGCCAAGGUGGAAGAACAUAGAAUCAUCCUUCGUAAUAAAGUGCCAGUGCGCACAAAACCAUACCCUAUACCUCUGCGGUAUGUAGACUUGGUGAUCAAAGAGAUAAAGAAACUUGAAGCUAUUGGCAUUAUUGAACCGUCUAAGAGUGCGUAUUGUUCACCCAUAGUUGUGGUUAAGAAGAAAGGAGGAGACAUUAGGAUCUGCGGGGAUUACCGUCGCGUUAACACAGCUACUCAAUUCGAGGCGGAACCAAUGUCUGAUCAACGCCUUAUCUUCUCGCGUUUAUCUGCUUCUAAAUAUUUCACGAAACUAGACCUCACAAAAGGAUUCUUCCAGAUUCCUUUGCAUCCAGAAAGCAGGAAGAUAACAGCUUUCAAAACCCCCUGUGGACUGUAUCAAUACAAGGUGCUACCCUUUGGAUUAACGAACUCUCCCUCAGUCUUCAAUCGGUGCAUGCGUCAGGUACUUGGAGAUAUUUCGGGAGUAGAAAUCUUUAUGGAUGACUUACUCAUACAUACAUCAACUUUGGCUGAGCACCAGAAGCUGCUCGACGUAGUUUUCAGUAAAUUAUCUCUGCAUCGAAUGACCUUAAAGCCCAGCAAGUGUGAGAUAGCCUUCACACGGACACACUUCCUUGGCCACACCGUUGGAGAUGGCAAAUGCGAGUGUCAGCAGGAGAAAAUACAGAAGAUUCGCAUGGCACCGCGACCCGUAAAUCAACACCAGCUUCGUUCUUUCCUCGGCCUCGUUGGGUAUUAUCGGAGCUUCAUUAAAGACUUUACGCAGAUUGCUCUUCCGCUAUUCAACCUCCUGAAGAAAAACUGCAGCAACAAGAUGGUGUGGGGUGCAGAGCAGGAGAAAUCCUUCGCUACACUAAAGGAAACCUUGUGUUCUGAACCUAUUCUCCGACUUCCAUCCAAAGAUAAACCGUUUACUUUGCGGACAGACGCAUCGGGAGGUGUUGGAGCAAUCCUUUUGCAAGAGUUUGAUGGCAGAUUGUUCCCCGUCGCUUACCACAGCCGUAGACUCUCCAAAGCUGAGUGCAAUUAUUCGACUGUUGAACGAGAGCUGCUAGCUGUUAUAGAGGGGAUUCACAAGUUUUAUUACUACUUGUGUGGUGCUAAAUUCACUUUGGAAACAGACCACAUGCCUCUCUCGCAGCUCAAACGAUCCAAGACCGCCAAUGCGCGCCUGAUGCGCUGGGGUCUCUACCUUCAGCAAUUUGAGUUCACUAUCCGCUAUAUAAGAGGAACUGAGAACGUAGGAGCUGAUCUACUCUCAAGGCUGAUCAGCGGAAGCAGCAGUGACCUUGAGGACAGUCGACCUGAAACGUCUCGCAACCCGGGACCUCAACUACAAUAUCAUGAAGCGGAGGUGGAGCAUCAACUGCAGAAGAAUCUUCAUUCCCGGGAAGCUGAGGUUCGAAACCUGUACUACUUGACUCCUGCGCAGGUUAUCACUUCAGAAUCUAACCUUGAAGGAGAGAAGCUAUCACUUCAACGAAAGUCAACUUCUUUUUCUCUUGACUCUUGUACUCCUAUUAUUAGGAAUAUCUUGAGAAUUGCCUUAGUUGUUAACAUUCCAAACCUCAACAACGCUAUCAGAGUAUAUGCACACUAG